AUGGAAUCGCAAACAAUCUACUACACUGGUAGCCCAGGCGUUGGCCAAGACGCUCAAGUGAUAAGGACGGGGAGUCAGUUUGUGCAAGCGAGUCCCACAGCUAGAGAACCCACUCAGAAUGUGUACUACGCAACUGGAGGUCAGCAGGGCGCAACAGCGUAUUACCAACCGCAGUCACAGCCUCAGCAGACGUGCUACAGUCCGCAGGCAGUCCAGCCCGUGCAGUACACCUCAACUUCACCGCAAAUAUACACGGUGGGUGCUUCACUCCAGCAACAGCAGCAACCAACACAAGCCGGCAUUAUGCAGGGCCAGCAACCACUCUAUUCACCACAACAACCAACUCGCGUCUUGUAUGCUAGUCCGGCGCCAGCCCAGCCAUCUGCUGGAAAGUACCAGCCACAGAACCAGAUAAGUCAGGCGACCUACCAACCACCACCGCCGCCACCACCACAGCAGCAAGUCCAAUACGCAUCAUCUCAGGGCGCCCAAUACCAGCCGCAGGCGAAUCCUCCCUACCAGGUGCAACAGUCUCAACCACAACAGGUGUACGUGAGUUCUUAUCAGCCUCAACAAGCGCAGACGACUGCUCACCAAAUCCAGCUGACUCCUGCAGCCCAAUAUCAGCCCCAGCAGAAAGUGUACCAAACACAAAUUCAACCAACACCAUACCAGGGCCAACAGAUGGCUUACCAACAAGAACAAACGAGGUACCAGCCUAUGCAAGCGGCCCAGCCUCAAGUGAUAAGAAUUGGUCAGGCACAACAACAGCUACCCCAGUACACAGGCGCAGCUAUCGACCGAGGAGCGCACCCGGCACCCGUAGAGGCCAAUCAGCAGCCCGCUGUGUACCAGCCAAUGGGAAAGGCUGCACCAACUGCUAUGGCCCCACCCCUGCACCAACAACCACAGCAAUACCAGCCGCCACAACAGAGAGAUCUUCAAUCAGUGGCAGCCCAGCAAAGAGUAGUGCCACUGCAGCAGCAACAGCAGCAGCAAAGGCCACAGCAACCAACUUAUACUGGUGGAACACCUAGUAGCCCAUCGGAUCACACUCCAAAGCUUCGUCAGUUGCAACCACGGAGAAGCAUGGAUCGUGGGGAUGUCGAGGGUCCUCCUCAGUUCGUUCAGCACCCGGUGCCACAGGAGACUGUUAAGGAGGGAGACGGGGUCACACUGAAGGCCAUCGUGAAACCCGCUGGGGACCCUACACUUGACGUCCAGUGGCUCAAAAAUGGCGUUGUGUUGACUGCUUCUUCACGCCACAACGCGAUCCUCGAUCGUGGAUACGCCGAAUUCCAGUUUCUCUACACCAACACCACCGACUCGGGUGAGUACGUCUGUGUUGCCAAGACGGCCCAUGGCAGCGCCCAGUCGACGAGCUGCACUGUCACCAUUGUGCCGGACGAAAGUGUUGUGACUGAUUCCCAGCUACCGGAAGAGUCGAUGAUAAUGAAUCUGGCUGCCAUGGAAAGUCAGUUGGCCAUGAACGGGACGCCGCGGCGUGAAGAGGAAGUCAAAUUUACUAAUCCGCCGAAGUUUAUGCGCCAGCUUUUCCCCCAAAUUGGACUCAAGGAGAACGAGAGUGCCAAGUUCGAGACGUUUGUUCAGCCCGCUAACGAUCCCAGUCUGACUGUCGAGUGGUUCAAGGAUGGAGAGCCACUCAAAACUGGUUGUCGCUUUACCGAGACGAUGGAUCGUGGAUACGCCAUCCUGGAUAUCCACUACACCUAUCCUGAAGAUAGCGGCAUGUACCACUGCGUGGCCAAAAACAAUGCCGGUUCCGCGACUAGCAAUGUGGUUGAACUUACAUGCAAAGGUGGAACAGGAGUCGUAACUGAUUCUGUCCUCUCUGCUGAAUCAGUAAACUAUCUUCGAAGUCUUGAUGCUGUUGAAAUUUCAACUACGCAAGACCAUCGCUACACAGAAACUGAGCAGCAAGCGGCACCACCCGUCUUUGAGCUGGAACCCAAGAACACCACGGCGAUUGAAGGCUCCCCAGUCCGUCUCCUCGUGAAGGCCGGAGGAUUCCCGCAUCCGCGCGUUCAGUGGCUCAUCAAUGGCGACGUUUUGCCUACCCGGUCGAUUUGUGCCAACCUAGCGUCUCCUGGCUUCUGGUUUUUAAGAGCCAAGACCCGCGUCCUAUCUUCGUCCACCUUCCUUGUUACUGUCUUGCUCAACCAUAAUAUUAAAGUGGAAACACCGUCGACCCCAAAACUCAGAGAUUCAGAUGCGCUUUUUUCUAAAUACGCACAGAGUGGAGGAGGCGGGGCUUGGCGUAUCUACAACGACGGCGGCAUCAGCUGCCUCGAGUUCAACCGCUGUGGCCCGCCAGGGGAGUACACUGUCACCGCAAUUGCGAAAAACAAUUUAGGCGAGGCAACGUCCGAGUGUAACCUCGUCAUUGACCCUCAACCUGACUACCGACCUGAUCUUAAACACGUUGCACCCGAUAACCCGUUCAGACGCAUGGCGAGUCUGAAACGCGUCGAAAGGAGCGAUGAGUUGAAGAGCGCCUUUGAAAAAACGAAGCCUAAGGUCCUCGAACUACGCAAGUUGGAACGAAGAAGUAGCCAAUCUGAGGGCCUGAACGACACGGAGAUGCUCUACGCCCAGGUGCAGGCCUCCCUUCGCUCCAACCGCCGCUCGCUUCAGGGACCACCUCCAAAACUGCCACAGCAAACGCCGCAGUACACCGCGGCGCCACCGGCUCCUAAACCACAGCCACCUCAGCCUGCACCCCAGAAUGUGUCUUAUCAACCGCCACCGAAGCAGGCUCCACCACCGCCGCCGCCUCCUCCACCACCAUCAGCCGCACCUGUUCCACCCCAGCUAGACAAGAAGCUGCAAUACGGGUUUGGGAAUGUGGCCAAUGAGCAACCAAAUAAUCAGUACAGCGUGACUGAAACGAGCGCUGAAUUCCAAAUCGAACUAGAUCAUGUUUUCGCCCGAGCUUAUUACGAUAGAGAUGAAGGGAUUCUCGGAAUCAGUGCCGUUGGUCUAUUUCGCUUCAACCCCUCCCCAACUUGGUCGUGA